AUGGCCGACGUAAUCAAACUCCAAUACGCCGGCCGCAUCGCUACCAUCACCAUCGAUAACGACAAGAAGCUCAACGCUCUCGGCUUCCAAGGUUACUACGCGAUAGCCAAAGCAUUACGCGAGAUUGCCGCGCGCGACGACAUAUACAUCACAGUACUAACAGGCAAGGGCCGAUACUUUUCCGCCGGCGCGGACGUCUCCAUCCGCGCCAAAAAGCCCGAUGCCAACUCAGGCCCCUCCGAGGCCGACGUCUACAUGCGCUGGCUGCGGGACUUCGCAGCCAACAACCUGAACCUAACACGGGCGCUGUACACGCACCCCAAGAUCCUAAUCGCCGCGCUUAACGGGCCGGCCGUCGGGCUCUCAGCAGCGAUUACCGCGCAUGCCGACUUCGUGUACUGCGCGCCGCACACAUUUCUGCUAAUGCCGUUCUCGUCCUUGGGUCUCGUCGCCGAAGGAGGCGCUUCGCAUGCCAUGGUGCAACGGUUAGGGAUAAGCAAAGCCAACGAGGCGCUUAUCCAAUCCAAAAGGAUCACGUGUGAGGACCUCGUGCGCACUGGGUUUGUGAACAAGGUGUUUGAUUGCGCGAAGGGGGAUAGCGAAGGCUUUUUGAAGCAGGUUAUGAAGGAGAUUGACGAUACGAUGGGCGAUCAUUUGAAUAGCGAUAGUCUGCUGGGUAUCAAGGCGCUGAUACAGAAGCCGCAUAGAGAUACCCUAGAGAAGCAGAAUGUGGCUGAGGUUUUCGCCGGCCUGGACAGGUUCGUCAGUGGAAUUCCGGAGCAGGAGUUUGAGAAAAUCGCGUCGGGAAAGAAGAGGCAUAAGUUAUGA